AUGGUUGCUAUUAAUAAUAUUAUAGAUUCAUCAAAGUGUGAUAUUGCUGAUGCUGGUGGAGUCUACAUUUUUUCACCUAUAUACAGGCUUUUAGAAGAUAAUGUCACAGAAGAAGAAAUUCCUAUGUUUAAUUUUGAAGAUAAAGGAAAAGAUGUGAAUUUUAUUUACGAAAAUAUAACAGCAAUAACAGAAAAGCCUAUUAAUGGAGACAAAGAAGAUUCUAGUACAAAGGAACAGUUAAUUUGCAAUGCCAUAUCUACUCCAUUGUUGUAUGAUGCCAAUUAUACACCAUCUGAAGAGGCUGAAGUGGCAGAAGACUGGGAAGCAACAUUUGAUCCCUACUUUUUCAUCAAACAUUUGCCACCACUUACUUCAGAGAUGAGAGCUCAAGGACCAGCAUUGCCAUUAAAGACACGAAGUAGUCCAGAAUUUACAUUAGUUCUUGAUUUGGAUGAAACUUUAGUACAUUGUAGUUUGGAUAAAUUAACAGACGCUUCAUUUACAUUUCCUGUUGUAUUUCAAGAUGUUGAAUAUGAGGUGUUUGUCCGAACACGUCCUUUCAUUGUGGAAUUUCUUGAAAAGGUUUCAAAGCUGUUUGAAAUAAUUAUAUUUACUGCAUCAAAGAAAGUAUAUGCCCAACAGCUGCUAAAUUUAUUAGAUCCUAAAAGGAAGCUGAUUAAGUAUAGACUAUUUAGAGAACAUUGUGUUUGUAUUGCUGGAAACUAUAUCAAGGAUUUGACUGUUUUGGGAAGAGAUCUUGCAAAAACGAUCAUCAUUGACAACUCCCCUCAAGCAUUUGGAUACCAAUUAGAAAAUGGCAUCCCUAUCGAGAGUUGGUUUGCAAACAAAGCUGAUAAUGAACUAAUGAAGUUAAUUCCUUUUCUGGAGAGUUUAGUCUAUUUGAAUGAAGAUGUCAGACCUCAUAUUCGUAGAAAGUAUCAUUUAUCAAGCUUCUUACCUCCAGAUUGAAUUUAUUCAAGUGUUAACUUAGUUUCAAGUCAUUUUUUUUACAAUAUUCAGAUUUUAAUGUACAAAACUCAUUUUCAUUGUAUAUAGAUUAUUGUGAUGUUUGCAUUGCAUAUAUUUUUUAAGAAAAUUAAUUUAACUGUACAAAAGCUUUUAGCCACCUGUUGUACAAUUGCAAAGAUUUUGCUAGGAUGUUUUAAGUAUAUAACAUGUAUAGUUUUAAAAUGAUAGAAAGUUUUAAUAUUGAAAUAGUUAAUCAACAUUUUACUUAUUGAUAAAUUUUGUUUUAUUAAAUCACUUAAAUGAAUUUUAAUUGAUAAUUUUGUUGAUUUUUAUGUUUUCGUUAUGUUUCUGUGUGCCAGAACUAGACUGUCAUAUCUAACAAACACCUACAUUUUUGAUGAUCUUGAUUCAAAUGCCAAUCAUGUUAAAUAAAUUGUUUUGUAUUUAAAUGUAAAAAAAAAUGAUGCUAACUGGUAAUAACAGUCUACAUCUAAAGUACAAAUUUGUUGUGUUUUUGCUUUAAGAAUAUUUAUGUUCAGAGAGCUAAUAUGAAUGUUUCUCUUUUAUUCAGCUAUCUUUCAUUAGGGGUCAUUCCAUGUCAAGUGACAAAGGGGUCCGCAUUGACCCUCUCUCCAAUUUUCAUGAAAUUUUAUUUGGAUGUACAUAUAAAACUAUUCUAACCUCUCCCUUACACGCCACACGAAUCUGCUAGGAGAAAAACAAUUCUCCUAGCAGAUGCAAGCUGGUGAUGUAUGGUUUGAAUUUGUAAAAAAGCUAUUUUAAGCCUACUUUAGCAGCAAAUAAUGAAAAAUCCACCAUGAAUAGAGCUUUUGCUAUACUACUGGGUUCUUCUACCCCCAAAAGUUGAUCAGAAUCACCAAAUAUCAGUCUUGUAACCAUCUUAGGUCUCGUGCAAUGAACUUGGGCGUUUUUAUCGUUUCAGUCGCGACAUGAAAAAAAAAGAGACCUUUACGAAACUUUGGGAUAUUGGCAGAACCAUACGACUUAUGGAGCUGUAAUUUAGCAUAGCAAGUUGUAAGUCUUAUAUGUCCAAUAAAAAUAUUAUGAAAAUUGGAGAGGGUCGAGUGGGGACCUUGUCUGAAUCUGGGACACUUGACAUGGAAUGACCAUUAGUGUGUUUUAAAAACUUUGUUAUUAGAAAUAUUAUUGAUAAGUGUAAGGCAGAAUUGAAAUCAUUAAGUUUAAUGUAUUUUAAUCUAUAACUGCAGAAAAGUCUUUUCGCAUGAUUUUAUGUCUUGUUAGGACUUUUUCUUGAUAUAUCAAGGCAAUAAGAACCUGAAUAAAAGCAAUACGUUUUUCAAGCAGUAGAGUUAAAUUAACUAAAAUUUAGAGUUUUUAUUGGUAAUUUUAUUCUUUUAUGAAUUUAUAGCGGUUAUAAUACCUAUUAUUUAUAUCUAAUGUGUAUCAGCAUAUUAAAAUCAGCAUUUAACUAAAAUCGAGUUGACAGUAAAAACAUGCUGGAAUUGCUGAAAUACUGUUGCUGCUCCUUGUCCUAGCCUUUAUUUCAGGUUUCUAGUCAGCAAUUCUCUUAAUGUGUAGAGUUAUAUUUGUUCACAUGCCUUAUGGAGUUGAGAUCGGCCUUAGGAUUUGGUUGUCUGUACUUCCCAUGCAAAUACCAGAUGCUCAUUACAGCUUUCAGAGACUGCAGUUUUAUCCUAAUUGGGCUCAUCUAUCUAGAAUAAACCAUAACAGAGCUGAAGGUGAAAAAAUAACCUCUUAAUAAGCUCAUGCAGGUACUUCAGCAGGUAAUAUUUCAGCUCACCAGCGGAAGGUCUGCAAACAUUGUACAACUCUAUCUCAAAAGGUGGUUAUAAAAAUUAUAGUACUUGUAUAAAACAACAAA